UCAACCUUUGGAAACUGCGAAGAUGGACCAGGCUCGGGUGUAGCAGACAGAGUUUGGGCAACAGCUGCUAAUUCCUCGUCUUCCGCAUCACUACCUGAGCUCGAUGACGGUGGACCAAACUCAUCAUCAGUUCCAUCUAUACCGAUAGCGCAGGUGGGGUUACCAGUAUAUAUGUAUCUGGCCUUCAUGCUAGGAAAAUUCUGUGUUAUGAAGAGUCUGAUUUAUUUCGUUCCAUUCUCGUUAAUUCAAAGACGAACAGUGUCCAAGAUGAAGCAAAAAUCAAUGGAUAUUGACCAAAAUCAACAUGAAGAAUAUCAGUACCUAAACCUGAUAAAGAAAAUAAUUGACUCUGGUGAUAAAAGAGUUGAUAGAACUGGUGUUGGAACUUUGUCCGUAUUUGGUGCCAUGCAGCGAUAUUCAUUAAAAAAUAACACACUGCCACUAUUAACAACAAAAAGAGUAUUUACUAAAGGAGUAAUCUAUGAGUUACUUUGGAUGCUAUCUGGAUCUACUGAUACCAAAGCUCUUGCCUCUAAAGGAGUACAUAUUUGGGAUGCAAAUGGAUCUAGAGCUUUCCUGGAUAAUCUAGGCUUUCAUGACAGAGAUGAAGGUGAUCUGGGACCAGUUUAUGGAUUUCAGUGGAGGCACAGUGGUGCUGAAUAUGUAGAUGCUAAAUCUGAUUACAAUGGAAAAGGAAUUGACCAAAUACAAAAUGUUAUAAACACUAUCAAGAAUAACCCAGCGGACCGUCGGAUGAUAGUAUGUGCAUGGAACCCAACAGAUCUGAAAAAAAUGGCUCUACCACCAUGUCAUUGUCUUGCUCAAUUCCAUGUAGCCAGUGGAAAAUUAAAUUGUCUAUUGUAUCAAAGAAGUGCUGAUAUGGGACUUGGUGUACCUUUUAAUAUUGCCAGUUAUGCAUUGUUAACACAUAUGAUAGCUCAUAUUACAGGACUUGAGGCUGGAGAAUUUGUACAUACAACAGGUGACACUCAUGUAUAUCUAAAUCACAUAGAACCACUUACAGAGCAAUUAAAAAGAGAACCCAGACCAUUCCCUACAUUGAAAUUUGCUCGUAAAGUAGAAUCGAUUGAUGAUUUUAAAUUUGAAGAUUUUAUAAUUGAGGGAUAUAAGCCUCACCCUAAGAUUGAAAUGGAAAUGGCUGUGUAAAAUUAUCAGUGUUAUCUAAAUAUGUAUAUAAUGAUAAUUUAUUAAGUAUGUGUAGUUAUAAUUCAUAAAUUUUACCUAAUAACUUUUAUUAUAAUUUAAUUUAAUUUUCUAUUCGUGUUAAGAUGUAAUAAAAUUAGUAAUAUAAUUAAUAA